UCUAGAGCCUCAAAGUCUGCUAUAGAGUAAAAAAGUUGUGUUAAUAAUUGGUGGAAACGUCAAACAGAGAUACUUCUCAGGCGCAUCAUCAGACUUCUCUCUUUUCUGGGGAAAAGGAAGAAAAAGGAGCGACCACUGCAUUGGCCGGGAAUCGAACCCGGGCCUCCCGCGUGGCAGGCGAGAAUUCUACCACUGAACCACCAAUGCAAGCGGCGAACGCCCUUUGAUAGCCCUCUGCUAACUUAGAGGUGGAGGCGGUCGUGGUCUGGCUGACGGUGACCCCGAGUAGUUGACGUGGGUGGAGCGCCGGUUUAUCCUUCCUCCUGCUCGGAUCGGGCCACCCGGCCAUAAAGUCGCCCCAUAUGGCCAGGGGCGGCCCCACACCUGGGUGCGAACAGCCCGGGGCCCCGAGCCCCGCGUGCAGGCACUUUGUCCGGAAGUCUCCGAGUCUACACGCAUCGCUCUCCAGAGGGUCAUGCUCUUGGUUUGAGAUGCUAAAGCCGCUAGUGGAGAAGCGGCGCCGGGACCGCAUCAACCGCAGCCUGGAAGAGCUGAGGCUGCUGCUGCUGGAGCGGACCCGGGACCAGAACCUCCGGAACCCGAAGCUGGAGAAAGCAGAGAUACUGGAAUUCGCCGUGGGCUACUUGAGGGAGCGAAGCCGGGUGGAGCCCCCGGGGGUUCCCCGGUCCCCAGCCCAGGACGCCGAGGCGCUCGCCAGCUGCUACUUGUCCGGCUUCCGCGAGUGCCUGCUUCGCCUGGCGGCCUUCGCGCACGACGCCAGCCCGGCCGCCCGCGCCCAGCUCUUCUCCGCGCUGCAUGGCUACCUGCGCCCCAAGCCGCCCCGGCCGGAACCGGUAGAUCCGAGGCCCCAAGCGCCGCGCCCACCGCUGGACCCCGCCGCCCCGGCGCCUGGCCCCGCGCUGCACCAGCGCCCCCCAGUGCACCAGGGCUCCCCUAGCCCGCGCUGCGCUUGGUCCCCGUCCCCCUGCUCCCCCCGCGCCAGGGAUUUCGGCGCGCCGGAGCCCCUCACCGGACUGCUGCCGCCGCCGCCGCCGCCUCACAGACAAGACGGGGCGCCCAAGGCCCCGCCGCCCCCGCCGCCCGCUGUCUGGAGACCUUGGCCCUGAGCUUUGGGGGGUGGGGGCGGGGGCUGGGGGUGGGGUAGAGACUCCAGCCCGAGGGCAGCAGAGGGACCCGGGCGUCCGGAGGAGGAGGUGUUGGGGAGGGCGGCGGGGCGCGCGGGGGCAGCGCGCGGGUGAGAUGUGGUCUAUAUUAGAGUAUCUAUAUAAAUAUAUAUUUCCCUGGUUCCUGUCCCUUUUCCCUGCCCCCUUUGCGUCUAGGAUUGUACCCUCUCUGCCCCCAGCCCAGCCCCAGUCCCUUCCCGAGUCCCUAGUGCAUGGAAUAAAGUGGUUAUUAAAUCCCCAUGUGUCCCCGAGCCAGGGGCCUGCCUUUAUCUCGGCGUCCAUGCCCAUUUGCCCUGCCCUCUGUCUCCCGCCUCAGUCCUGCUCUCCAUGGCCCAAGGCCCGGGGCAGACAGGUAAGUAAAGAAGAGAGCAGAGAGGAGACUGAGGUUGGAACUGAAACCGGGUGGAAACACUGAGAUAGGGUAAGGGAAGAGGGGAUGGGAACCUUUAAGAAAAGGCAGAAUACAGAGGAAAGGGAAAAAAAAAAUUGAAAUAAAAUCGACUCUGGUGGGAUUCGAACCCACAACCUUUGAAUCGCUUUUUCGUCACUAGAAGUCCAAUGCGCUAUCCAUUGCGCCACAGAGCCACCUGGCGGGCGCCAGCGUCUGACAGCU